AUGGCGACGCCGUCGCUCACCCCCGGCGCGGUGCAAAAGAUCCGUGACGGUGCCGUCGCCGCCGCGGGGGCGUGCGUGCAGGUGCUCGAUUUCAAGAGCGCGGACGCGGCGUACAGCGCGACGCUGAACGAUGGUGAGAAUACGAUCGAGGCGCAGUUUUCGAAAUCCGUGUGCGCGACCAAGCUGUCAAAGGUGACGGAUCGCGCGGUGCUCAAGCUCACGGACGUCGCGUACGACGGCGCCGAGGGGGGCGAGCGUAAGCCCUUCGCGGUGAUUAACGGGUUCGAGGUCGUGAACGCGGACGGUUCGAUCGCGGUCGAGGCGAAGACUCCGGGCGAGAAGGUUCCGAAGACGGAGCCGAAGACGCCGGCGAGCGCGGAGCGCAACGCGGUGCCGCUUUCGGCGCUGAAUCCGUACCGAACGCCGUGGACUGUCAAGGUGAAGCUUUCGAACAAGGGUAACGUUCGCGAGUACAAGAGCGCGCGCGGGCCGGGUAAGGUGUGCUCGGUCGAUUUCGUCGACGAAGAGGGCACCGCCAUUGGCGCCACGCUCUGGAGAGAGGCGAUCGAAAAGUACGACUCAGUUCUCGAGGUUGGCAAGGUUUACUACGUCUCCAAGGGCACUCUCAAGCCCGCCGAUAAGAGAUACUCCACCUCGGGUAAUGACUACGAGAUGAACCUCGAUGGCAAGGCUGAGAUCGAGCUCUGCACUGACAUCGACCAGUCCAGCGCUCAAAAGAUGCAGCGCGCAUACGCGUUUGUCUCCAUCGAUAAGCUCUCGACCAAGAUUGGAGCUCGAGGCAACGUUGACGUCGUCGCCGUCGUCAAGGAGGUGAGCGAACUCUCCACCAUUCGUCGCAAGAGCGACAACACGGAGCUCACCAAGCGCGAAAUCGUCUUGGCGGACGACUCCACAAAGACCAUCAGGAUGACCCUCUGGGGCGAUCUCGCUGUCGAACAAGGCGAGAAGUUGGCGGCGAUGACGAAUCCGAUCGUGGCCAUCCGUUCCGUUCGCGUCAGUGACUACGAUGGAGUCUCCGUCGGGACCGUCUCUCGCUCUGACAUGGUGAUUGAUGCCGACGACAUCCCGCGCGUCGCCGAACUCAAGAAGUGGUGGACUGAGGGUGGCUCGGAGACCACGUUCUCCGCCGCGGGCGAAGGUCUCACCAGCGCGGGACAAGGACAAAAGCGAGACAUCGAAACGAUGAACCUCGCCGAGCUUCAACCCGAGGAAAUCGCUCCGUCUACGGACAAGCCUGUGUUUGCGUGGGUGUGCGCGCACACCAUCCUGUGCAAGCCGGAUCAAACCAUGUACUACGCCGCUGUCCCGGAAGAGGGCAAUAACAAGAAGGUCGUCGAAAGCGACGGGAAGUGGUACUGCGAGGCAAACGGUCAAACUUAUGACACGUGCGAACGCCGCUACAUCAUGCGCUUCAAGGCUAUUGACGGCUACGAAGGCGCUUGGUUGAACGCCUUCAACGAUGAAGCGACAAAGAUGUUCGGCAUCUCGGCCAACGAGCUGCACGAGCUCCAUGAGAAUGACUACAAGGCGUACGAAAACGCGGUCAAGAAGAUGACGUAUAAGCAUUGGUCUUUCCUCGUCAAGGUUGUGACGGAGGAGUAUCAAGGAGAGCUCAAGCGACGCCUCACCGCGGUGAAGUGCAACGCUGUCAACUACGCCGCCGAAUCAAAGAGACUUCUCUCCAAGAUGGGCAUCACGGCUUCGAAUUAA